AUGGCGGCCAAUAAUAGUGUGUUCCAGCUGCUACUAGGCGAGUAUGGUAAAUUCAGGCAAAAUGGAAGCACCCAGCCAAUGUUGACGGAGACAAAGGAAUUGAUUUCUUAUUUGAAGGAGGUUGAACAGCAAUUACAACAGGAGAUUGACUCAAAUGGGGGAACCCCAGAUAAUAACACCAAGCAGGGCACAUUGAAAGAAAAUACUCCAGUGACUAAUAAAAUCAAAUCUAAAAACUAUGAUUAUAAUCAAUCAAUAAGAUCUAGGGUUGAUUUAUGGAAAGACAGGGUCGGUAAAGUUCAAAAACAAUCAAACAAUCAUAUGUCCAAGAUAAUGAAGCUUGUUGAUAACAAGGUGUACGAAUUCGACCUAUUGGAAGAACUUGAACAGUUCAAUCCUGCGAUCACUAAUGGGUUGAAACUAACCAGUGCCAACCAAGACUUGAUCAACCAGACAAUAUUGAAUCAUGUCGUACGAGAAACUAAUAAAUACGGCAAAUUCACUAAGAAGGAAGAAUCCGAAUCCAAUAACAGACUAGUAGAAUUAUUGGAAAAUCAAUUCAAUUAUUCUAUAUCAGCAGAUUUCAAAAAUGAUAUGGCAAAGUUGAAGAGCAUGAUCGACUCAAUAAUUGCGAUCGAUGAACCAGAUUUGACUCCAGCCUUCGAAUGGUGUAAAGCUCAUUCCAGAGAUCUUCAGAAAAUCGGUAGCGACAUCGAAUUCCAAUUACACGAACUUCAAUUCUAUUUGCUAUAUUAUGGUGUCAAUUCAUCUUUGAAACAUAUUGCUGACGAAUGCGACGAUGACGAGACCACCAGCUAUGGCAAUGAUGUCCAUGACACUAAUAGGUUUGGCGCUUACGUCUAUGCAAAAAGCAACUUUGGUAAAUUUCUAUACUCUAAGAGAUCUGUUGAGAAAAUUGCUACCGCUUCAAAGUUGCUCACUUCAACAAUUUUAUCACAAGAACUCAAGGACGCCCAAGGUGGUGCUGUGUCAACGAAUCCGUAUUCCAAAAUGUUUGCUAAAAAUUUGAAAAAUUAUAGAGCGACGAUUUCACAAUUGGUGGAAAAUUUCUGUCAAAUUCACAAUUUGCACAUGAAUUCGAACCUAUAUUUGGUAUUUAUGGCUUCGUAUAUGGCUUUGCCAUAUAUUGUUAAAUUUAACUCUGUUAAUAAGAAGUUGCAGCGAUCACUAUCAACGGCUUCGAAAGAGGAUAAAACUGAUAAUGAUAUUAUCUAUCGAGGGUCUUUUGGAGAAUAUUUCCCACGUAAUAGAUCAGUUUCUAUGCCAAAUGAAACAAGAGAAAGUGAUUGGGACGAAAGCGAAUAUAAGAAUGAUAACCCUCCAACGGAAUGGGGUUCUAAGGAUGAGUUGCCUAUUGGUAUUGAUUUACCGGAAUUUUUACAAAAUGACCAUCCUAUCUUCAUUUGUCCAAUUUCACGACAAGAGACUACUCUGAAGAACCCUCCAAUAUUAUUGCCUUGCAAACAUAUUAUAUCAAGAGAAAGUUUGAAUAAUUUGCUAGAAAGUAAACAAUUUCAAAAAAGAAGAAGAGCGUAUCGAAGCUGGCUUGAAAAUGAUGUUUUCCAUGAUGAUGGGAAUGAAAAUAAUAGUGAAGCUGCAGAUCAGCAAAAUACAACUAAUGGGAGUUCAGAUGGCUUUGAUGAUUCACUAGAGAAUGAAUUAUCAAAUCAAAAUUAUGACUUCCCUGACUCCGAUCAGCAAGAUGAAGGAGAUGAAGAUGAAGAUCAGGAAGUUCAAGGGGAAGAAAGUUACAUGGAAAAUCGAUACAGUGAGGGUUACAAUAAUUCGACAUCUUCGGCCAAUGCUAUAUCACAGCCCCUUGACAUGGAUGACAAUAGUUACAAUGAUAACUCAUACGUCACCUUUAGAAGAUUCAAUUUGACAGGAGCACCUGGAGAAGUCAGUUCUGCCAGAAACAUAUGGAGAAUAAAUAGUUCUACAAACAGAUCAAUUGGACAGGACAGCGUUUCUUUCAAAUGUCCUUAUUGUCCACAAAUGUGCAGAAAGAGGGACACAAAGGAAGUAUUCUUUAGUACAUGUUAA